GACGCGUCGUUGGUAACGCGCUUGUGGAAGUUUCAAAUAUAUAAAACCUUUUUGUGGAAUAGAUUAGUGAAUAAUUAAAUCAGUUUAAUAAACUCGGUGUUAGAUAUUGUGGAGAAUGAGUGUGACUAUUUGAUUUAGAUAAUAAGUUUAAGUGCAAAAUGUUGAGCUAAGGACUUUAUGUUUAUGAGUGCUUCAAGAUGUCGCUAGCGGAAGUGACGACGGCACGCUCACCGACGCCGGAAGCGUGUCCCGAGUGUGACACCGGCGCGUCUGUCACAUCGGACUUACACAAGUACCAGGUGGCAUGUACUUGCAAACCUUCUGCGCAAUACGCAUGCGCAGACGACCCCGGGCCUCCACCAUCAGCAAAAACUGACACACCACCAGCCUUGCCGCCUCGACCACCAACUAGUGUACUCGCCACCAACCGGAGGAAUAAUGCGACAGUCGGAUGCAAUAACAACGAGGCGACAUGCCGCCGCAAGAAGUACGCCUGGUGGUGUUGCGGCUGUGGAGCACUGGCUGCAGCUCUUGGAGGACUGCUGGCAGCACAGCAUAUACUACUCAGGGCCUAUACAGCGUCACCGCAGCAUCUGGAGACCGUGCCAGCAGCUGUUCCAGCUGCUAUGCUGGUGCUAACAGGUGUCUGUAUAAUGAGUUUGGCCCGAAGGAGGAACAGAUAUAGCUACAUGGUAAGAAAAAUCAAAGUGGUGGGAGCUUGUUGCCUGGUCUGCGCGCUGACGUGUGUUCUAGUUACCAUCACAACAACAGUAAUACAUAUGAACAAAUUGCAAACACUAAAGUUCUGUGAAUACACAAAGGCAACACGCACAUGUACCUGCUACUCCAUGCCGCCGGAGAAACAGCACAGCGUCAGUGAUGACGAGGGAGUGCGCUGUGUGUUUGAGGGUAUGCGUGACUGCGGGGUGGUGCACGGUGCCUUGUACUGGUGCCUUCGGGGUGUCUUCGCACUGUCGGUCACUGCUGUCCUCGUCUGCAUUUUCAGCUGUAUGCUCGCCUACCAGCUUCUAAGUCAUGAAAGAAAGAAAAUGUAUUGGGAGCAGUUAGAGCUGCGCUGUAGGUCAUUAUACCGACCACCAAGUGGAGCUCCAGCACCAUCUGGGAGACCUGUUCAGAAUUCCUGCAGUUGCUGUGCACAGUGCCACACAGCACAGCCUGGCUGGGACUUCAGUCUGCAGCACAGAUUCUGGGCACCGGGUCGCAUAGGCAACCUGUAUUCCCCCAAUCCAGGGUCUGGUAGGAAGACUUCUCCGUGGAGCUGGUUUCCGUGGCCUCGAGGAAAUACUCAGGCGCCUCGAUGCAGAGUUGAGGGCGCCCCACAGUCAGGCGACAGUGCAUACGGCUUCUGCGAGACAGAACAAAAUCAACAAUACGACGAACGGAGCUACCCAACCUUCAAUCAGUUCCAACGCAGCCAAUCCGGGAACUUUGGCCAGAUGGCUCCGGGACAGAUGCAGAGUGCGGGCAACUUCCCGCAAGGCUUCGGUCAAUACCAGGAAGGGUUUGGGGAGGCUAGCGGUAGUUUCGAUGCGCAGACUGGCGUUUGGGGACCUCCGCCACCAUAUAGUCCUCAAGGAAGAAGUGGCAGUCGACAUCAACUCCAUCAAGAUCCAGCCGCGACCACCCUUCUUCAUCAUCAUCACAUCGACGUACACAACACACAAACAAACACACAAACGCACACCUGUCGAAACUCAUUCAUACACAACGUACCGCACGACAUUAGCCGCCUCAAUCCGGACUUGCUGCGGCUUAAUCCAGACUUAAUGAGAAUUAACCCCGAGUUGAUGAGAAUUAACCCUGACUUAAUGAGGGUUAACCCGGAAUUAAUGAGAAUGAAUCCAGAGUUAAUGAGGAUGAACCCAGACUUAAUGCGACUUAAUCCAGAUAUGAGAUUGAACCAGGAAAUGCAGAUGUAUCCUCAAGAAUUGGCAGAAGGGGAGAGGUUUAACACUUUGCGGGGACAUUUGGUUCCUUAUAGGAAUUGCCAGAGAUUGGGCGUCAGUGUUGCCAGCCUUCAUGACUGUAGAAUGGACGAUGCCGUAGAAUGUGUACAUCAGAAGAAUAAAGAACAUCAUGAAGGACAUCAUGACUGUCAGAAACAAGGCAAAGAGAACUUGGCGUUUCAAAAUGACAAAAAUCCUCCUAUGGGGUCCUCACUGCAGGAUUGUCAUCGCGGGGCAAACCAGAACACAGAAUCUGAGGUUUACUUUGCUGACGUCUCUAGUUGCUGUAAUGCGGAUUGCUGUGUUAAUCCAAAUAUUUCAGCUCUAGUCGGCACAAUAGAGAAUCAUCCAGAAUCAACUUCAGAGUCCGAGACUGGCUCGUUUACUCUCACCAGGCAGCAAAGACCUCAGCCACAAGUCGGCUCCAAACGGAGAUCUAGACAAGCGGACAAAAAGGCACGGCAUGAUCAUUCAAUCAGAUUAAUAGAGCAACAGAUCGAAAAUUUAAAUAAUUCUAUUCGGAUGACUGAACGAGUUGAAAGAAUCGAUUCACGAGAUCGAUUGAAUGUUAGGCGAGAUGACGAAAGGAUUGAUAAUCCAAGAAUAGAACGCAUUGAUGAUUCAAGGAAUCGCUUGAAUGAAAGUUCUAGAUCAGAUCGUUUAAAUGAAUCCAGGAUUGAACGAAUUAAUGAUCCAAGAUUCGAUGAUUCAAGAAUAGAACGUAUGAGUGAACGCUCCGAUCGCUUUAACGAUUCACGGAUAUUUGAAACCUCCAGAAUUGAACGAAAUAACGAUGCGAGACUUGACGAUCCUAGAAUAGAACGUUUAAGUCAGCGAUCUGACCGGUUUAAUGAUUCUAAGGCUUUAGAAAGUUCUAGAAUUGAACGAAUGAAUGAUCCUCGUCUUGAUGAUUCAAGAAUAGAACGUUUAAGCGAUCGAUCAGAACGUUUUAAUGAUUCCAGAAUGCUAGAAUGCUCUAGAAUUGAACGGAUCAAGGAUCCUAGAUACAGUAGCGGUGAUAGAAAUGAACGCACUGAACGAAUGAAUGAAGGUAGAAUAAAUGAAAACAAGGAUCGUGUCAAUAGGGAACGAAUGAGCGACAGAUUUGAAGACCGACGAAUUUCAGACUUAAAUUCAAGCAUUCGUAUUGAAAGCAGCCCAAAAACACGCCCUCAAAUAAGUCCGCUAAGAAUGUCAAGGCGUGAUAGCCCUCAGAAUUCUAAACAUGAAACGACAAUUUCACCCUUAUCACCAAAUACAGAAGAAUCAUUAUUGUCUGAUGACGACGCCCGUGAGAUUUAUACAAAUGAAAGCGAGGCUAAAUGUUUAGGACCUGACUCUCAGUAUGAGCCGGUGAGAGAGAAAAAAGAGGAAGUAUUAAAAAUGAACCAUCACCAUUGUUAUAGUGAUACCAACACUAUGGACUCUGGUUGGCAAAGUGGCUCCGAAAAACAAGUUACUGACUAGUAUUACCACGAAGAAUGGACUCCCAAAUAUCUAAUGAUCUAUAUAAUUAUUUAUAGAUCUAUAUAAAUGAAGACAAAUAAUUCAAUUUUGCCUUACUGUAGUCGUAGAAACGGAGAUUUUUAUAUGCAUUAGUAAUCACACGCAUGGGAUUUUUAUAGUACAAAGUCCAAAUGGUUCGAAUGAUUAUCGUAUAUUACACAUCAGACAGUUCCGAUCGAUAUCCUAUCGCUCGGAAAGAAGAACUAAUAAAAUAGGUCUCUAUGAUCGGAGCUAUUCAAGUUAAAAUAUUUUUAUUCAAAAUAGAAUUUAUAAUCACUUAUUGAACGUCAAGAAAUAAAACCCAUUCGAAACAGCAUGUCACAGAUUUGAGAAGAAAUGUUUCUGUGAUAUAAAAUAAUAUGUGGGCCAAUCAGAAUACUCGUUCGUAUCAACUUAACACUCUCUGAUUGGUUGUAAAUGACUCGUUGACGACGCGAGGCUGCUUCAUACCACAGAUUAUAUUUUCAUUUACGUAAGCGUAGAAACUCCACAUAAUAGAAGUUUUGGCGUAAAAGGCUAUGGGAGCGACGAGUGAACGAAAUCACCUUUCGUUUGCCGCUGUUUGCACAAAGCAUAUUGAUUGCGCCAGUAUAUAAAUUAGGGCUAUAUAAAAUGAAAUUUUACACAAUAUUCGGAUACUUUUAUGUUAUUAAGCAUUCAGUGGGUCUAUCCUCUUAAAAAAAGAGAAAUAUAUUUUAAGAAAAUGUCAAACGAAUUAGAAAUAUUUGUUGUUUGAAAUUGGAUUUGAGAGUGCCGUCUUCACAUUGUGAGGCAUUGUUGUAUCAUAUUUUAUACUAUUAAUUUAAUAUUUUUAAUAUUACCUGCAAGCAAUACUACUUAUUGCUGAGAUUUUCUUCAUUUUCUUGUUGAUCUUGUUUAAAGUUUUAAAGCAAGGUAUUAAACAUCUUUUAAAACAAUUUAGAAGCUUUUAAUAAAGUAAGGAAAAUCGUGUUCACUAUUAUCGAUUUUAUAGUUAAUAGUUAUAAAUAAUGUAAAAAAGUUUUUUUGAAUGAGUAGAAUAUGGUAGGUUAGUUGAUAAUUUUGUCGAUUAAUUAUCCUACUCCAAUUUUAAAAUAAAUCGAGUAAGUAAAUAUUAUAUUUCUGGCAACCCGGAAGUGAUCAUGAAAGUGAUGCAGCGAUUUUUGCUCUACAUAAAAAUACACUAAUAAUAAUACUACUUUAUUUUUUUACAUUUUCAACUAUUUCAUGUUAUCUCGGUUAAAUUUGAGUAUCAUUGGAUUUAUCAUGUACUUGCGCAAGUAUGUUAAAAACGCAUUUGAAUUGAUCACUGAUGACACUAUCGGCUUACCUGUGCGGUCAUAAUACCACCACGAGCGUAAUGACCAACAUAGCACAGUACUCUUAUAAUGUAUUAUUCAUCAUUCUCAUUGACGAAUAAAGAAA